AUGAAGCUCAAGCUUGCUAAAAGUGAGAAGAUGAAGAUACCCAUUUGCAUGCUUCCACUAACGCUUAUGCUUCUGGCUCUCUCUCACAUCUCGUGCGUGGUAGCAGAAGAGAGAGAGCAGCAGAUGAAAAAGACCUACAUCAUUCGCAUGGACAAGUCCAAAAUGCCUGCGAGUUUUGGUGACGACCAUUUCCAAUGGUAUGGCUCAUCUUUGAAAUCGGUGUCCAAGUCAGCAGACGUGCUCUACACCUACAGAACCAUAAUUCACGGCUUCUCCACAAGGCUAACUGCUGAGGAAGCUGAGCUGCUUGAAAAACAAUCAGGGAUUGUUUCUGUUUUACCUGAGUUAAGAUAUGAACUUCACACAACUCGGACACCCGAGUUCCUUGGAAUAACCUUUGCCAGAAACGAGGCCAUCUUCCCAACAUCAGAUAAAAUAAGUAGGGUGGUUAUUGGCUUAAUCGACACCGGUGUCUGGCCUGAGAUCAAGAGCUACGAUGAUAAAGGUCUUGGGCCAGUGCCAAAGAGCUGGAAAGGGAAGUGCGAGGAAGGACCAAACUUCAACUCAUCAAGUUGCAAUAGAAAGCUAGUUGGUGCGAGAUUUUUCCCAAAAGGAUAUGAAGCAUCAAUGGGUCAACCCAUUGAUGAAAGAGUAGAAUCAAGAUCACCAAGAGAUGAUAGUGGCCAUGGAACUCACACCUCGACCACUGCAGCCGGGUCUGCAGUCCCGGGAGCUAGCCUAUUUGGUUAUGCUUCGGGGACAGCAAGGGGGAUGGCUACACAAGCUCGAGUAGCCACAUACAAGGCCUGCUGGUUUGGUGGGUGUUACUCCUCUGAUAUUAUAGCCGCAAUGGACAAGGCUGUUGAAGAUGGCACGCUAUGGCCAUUGGAGCUUUCUCUGCUGUGGCCAAGGGAAUCUUCGUGUCAGGGUCAGCCGGAAAUGGGGGGGCCAGCUAAGGGGAGCUUGUCCCACAAUGCACCUUGGAUAACCACCGUGGGUGCUGGAACACUAGACCGCGAUUUCCCAGCUUCUGUUAGCCUCGGAAAUAGAAAAAAAUGUAGAGGUAUAUCAAUCUAUGCCGGACCAUCACUAUCUAGUGGAUUACUUCCACUUGUUUAUGCUGGUAAUGCAAGUAACUCCAUAGAUGGUGAUGUAUGCAGUCUUGACAGUUUGAUUCCUGGAAAGGUUGCUGGGAAAAUUGUGGUAUGUGAUAGAGGGAUAACCUAUGAUGCUGAGAAGAGUGCAGUGGUAAAAAAGGCUGGUGGUGUAGGGAUGAUUUUGGCAAAUACUAAAGCUUCUGGAGAAGAGGUUGUUGCCGACUCAUAUCUAUUGCCUACAGUAGUUGUUGGCCAGAAAGCCGGUGUGGAGCCCUCACCAGUGGUGGCAGCAUUCAGCUCUAGAGGACCAAAUCCAAUCUCUCCAACCGUACUCAAACCGGACCUAAUAGCACCAGGAGUGAAUAUCCUAGCUGGGUGGUCUGGUGCAGUUCCACCAUCUGGAUUUUAUGAAGACACCAGGAGGGUGAGCUUCAACAUCAUUUCAGGGACAUCCAUGUCAUGCCCACAUGUGAGUGGGCUAGCUGCCCUUCUCAAGGCGGCUCACCCAAAAUGGAGCCCUGCAGCCGUUAAGUCUGCUCUCAUGACCACAUCCUAUACCACAUACAAAAAUGGAAAACCACUCAAAGACAUUGCUACCAGAAAUGCUGCAACACCAUUCGAUUACGGUGCUGGGCAUGUGGACCCAGUGGCAGCCCUUGACCCAGGCCUUGUUUAUGAUCUUGGUGUCGAGGACUACCUAAGCUUCCUUUGUGCCUUGAAUUAUACAAGAAGAGAUAUCAAGAUACUCACCCACAUAGACUUCACCUGUGAUUCAAGCAAGAAUUACAGGGCUGGAGAUCUAAAUUAUCCAUCUUUUGCUGUUUCUCUAAACACAAGUUCAGGCAACAGGGGAGCAGGCACUAAAAUAUACACAAGGACUCUCACCAAUGUGGGUACCCCAGGAACAUACAAGGUAUCUGUUUCUACACUAUCACCAUCAGUGAAGAUCUGGGUUGAACCAAAAUCACUGAGUUUCGCUCGAGCAUAUGAGAAGAAGAUGUAUACUGUAACCUUUGUAACCAGUGCUAUGCCAUCUGGUACAAAAAGCUUUGCUCGCUUGGAAUGGUAUGAUGGGAAACAUAUAGUGAGUAGUCCUAUUGCUAUCAGCUGGUUUUAA